AUGUCGACCCGCCGCAUUGUGUCCAAGGGAAAGCUACUCCAGAGCUUGACGCUUCGGCCUGCAGCUCCAGUCGCCGCUCGAUUUACCAGAAUGCCGCAAAACCCCAAUGCGGGCCAGCAGGCCGUCCGACGGCUACACGCCACAACUCGACACUUGCAAGGUACCACUUCCGCCGCGACGACAGCGACCGAAUACCCAACGACCCACGAGAAAGUGCAACAGCCAUUGAACACCCAGAACUUCAUCGAUAACAAGUUCAUCGACUCUCAGGCUACACAAUGGAUUGAUCUACACGACCCGUCCACAAACAACCUCGUUACCCGCGUGCCGCAGUCCACAGAUGAAGAGCUGAAGGCGGCAGUAGACAGCGCCGAGAAGGCAUUCCCAGCAUGGAAGGCGACCAGUGUGCUGCACAGGCAACAGCUCAUGUUCAAGUAUGUGGCGCUGAUCAGAGAGAACUGGGACCGCUUGGCCGCGAGCAUCACGCUCGAGCAAGGCAAGACUUUCGCAGACGCCAAGGGUGAUGUCCUUCGUGGUCUGCAAGUAGCAGAGAACGCAUGCGGAAUUACCACACAAAUCACUGGUGAGGUGCUUGAAGUGGCCAAGGACAUGGAGACUCGUUCGUACCGGGAGCCACUGGGCAUUGUGGCAGCCAUUUGCCCCUUCAACUUCCCAGCCAUGAUUCCACUUUGGACUAUCCCCAUUGCCGCCAUUUCUGGUAACACUGUUAUCAUCAAGCCUUCAGAGCGCGACCCAGGUGCCACCAUGAUCCUCGCGGAGCUCGCGGAGAAGGCUGGCUUCCCACCUGGAGUGAUCAACAUCAUUCACGGUGCAGCCAAGACUGUUGACUUCAUCAUCGACGAGCCACGUAUCAAGGCCAUUUCCUUCGUCGGAUCCAACAAGGCUGGCGAGUACAUCUUCAGCCGUGGCAGUGCACAAGGCAAGCGUGUCCAGGCCAACUUGGGCGCCAAGAACCACGCCGCUGUCCUACCUGACUGCAACAAGAACGCCACACUGAAUGCCAUCGCUGGUGCUGCGUUCGGUGCCGCGGGCCAGAGAUGUAUGGCACUUUCCACACUUGUCUUCGUGGGCGAGACCAAGGACUGGGCUCCUGAAAUCGCCGAGCGUGCAAAGGCUCUCAGCAUGAACGGCGGUUUCGAGGAGGGCGCAGAUCUUGGUCCAGUCAUCUCUCCACAGGCAAAGGAGAGGAUCGAGGGCCUCAUUGCGUCUGCUGAGAAGGAAGGUGCUACCAUUGUACUUGAUGGUCGCGGAGCAAAGCCAAAGGAUGCCAAAUACGCCAAUGGCAACUGGGUUGGACCAACUAUCAUCGCGAACGUGACCAAGGACAUGCAAUGCUACAAGGAGGAGAUUUUCGGUCCUGUCCUCGUCUGCUUGAACGUGCCAACCCUUGACGAUGCGAUCAAGCUCAUCAACGACAAUGAAUACGGCAACGGAACCGCUAUCUUCACCGCAUCUGGCGCCACAGCUGGCAAGUUCCAGAAAGAGAUCGAGGCCGGGCAAGUCGGUAUCAACGUACCGAUUCCAGUGCCGUUGCCAAUGUUCAGCUUCACAGGAAACAAGAAGUCGGUUGCAGGAGGAGGCGCAAACACUUUCUACGGCAAGCCAGGCUUGAACUUCUACACACAACUCAAGACUGUGACAAGUCUUUGGAGAAGCGAGGACGCUAUUAGCACAAGGGCGACUGUGAAUAUGCCUACUCAGUCGUAA